AUUCUACCAUCUGGGCUACCACUCACUGCAUGACGGUUACCUACUUGUUACUCGUCUUUUCCCGACUCCCGUUAGUCCUUUCGCAACUGAUCUGACAAUGGCGCUUCAUAUUGCGCAAAGGCGCAUUGGCGUCCCACGAGCCUUCCUGCUUCGUCGCCGCAAUAUGCCUCCUCACCGCAGUCUUAUUCCGGCCCCCAAGGCCAACUCGGGCCCUUUGAUGGAGCGACGGGCGGAUCGAGAGCUUCCUUCUAUCAAUACUGAGAAGCGCCGAUGGAUCAAGACGCUGCCGAUAUUUGUGGUAGUUGUGGGAGCUGCAAUGCUUGGCAUAUUUAAUUACCAGAAGUCGUCGUCGAGCGUCGUGAGCAGCACGUUAUAUGCCCUUCGAACUUCACCUCGUGCACGGGAAAUCCUGGGAGACGAAAUCUACUUUGCUCAAAAGAUACCGUGGAUUAGCGGGGAAAUGAAUCAGCUUCAUGGUCGUAUCGAUAUCUCCUUUUGGGUGAAGGGGACAAAGGGUCAGGGGAAAAUGCGGUUCCGAAGCAUUAGGCCGGACCGCAUGAGCUUUUUUCGCACUGAAGAAUGGAGCCUAGAGACGGAGGACGGCCAAGUCGUGCAGCUACUUGACCAUGACAGUGACCCUUUUUCCCAAAGCAAUUGAACCAUCAUUCGGACAUUAAAACUCCCACCAAGGAUCAUUGGCACACAUGAUUUUUAUAGGUUUGUACAUCGGAGUCAUCUUCAUGCAUAGGAUUAGGCGUUUUUUGGGCUUCGGACUGUCAGCUCCACCGGCUAUAGCGUACGGAGAAACCGUUCGAGUGAUUCGGAGGAAAUGCCAAACAGGAUAUCAUUUAUGUAUCAUAUACAGACGCCGCUCUAGAAACAGGAUAGUGUAAUAAUACAUUGAAGGGAU